ACCCACCGCAUCAACAAGGGGAGGAAGGAAGAUAGGCAGCAAUAUUAUUAUAUACAAGAGGCGCAGAAGCGAAGAGGACGAAGAAGGGAUCGUCGACAGGUGGGAUUGUGGAUCGCGUGGAGGAUAGGAAAAGGGGAAGAACGAAAGAUCAAGAAAGGAAUCCAUCCAUCGAUCUAUAUAUCCGUCGUUGAUGGCAGAGACGAGAUGAGAACAGGGGAAAGAAAAGGAGGAAGAGAAACAGAUCGAAAGGGAGGAAGGCAGCUCCGAUCCACAUCUUUAGAUCCAGGUAUUGAAACCUAGUUUCUGAUCUCUGUGCGCUUUCUUUAGGUUGUUUUGCAACUCGAGUCUGCCCUCCGGAGAGGGGAUUAAGAUGGCCAAGUGGCGUGGAUCUGCCGGGUUUCGGUUCUUGGAUGGUCUCCUUCGCUUUCCGGAACAGAGUUUUGGGUUCUUGGUCACAGGGGAGGACAAAGAUGUGGUCUCUGGGUUUGGGUCGUGGAUCUUGCCGGUCGGAUUAUGCAAUCUGCCCGUUGCCGAUUUCUUCUUUAGGGCCCUGGCAUGGGCUUGGAUCUGCUUGUCUUCGACGUCGCCCUCUUCUUUAGGGAUGUACAAGGGACAAAAAGGAGGGACAAGGGCUGUAUAUUUCGAUGAUCGGCCGAGACUGGUGCAUCUUUUUCUGAGGUUUCAUAUGGUGUUGAUUGACACAGGGUUGGAGAAUUUCUGCCAAGUUUUUUUAUUCUUGUGCCUUCUCGUUGCCGUACACCCCCACAAUCUACCUCUCGCCUGACUCUUUUAGGUCUUGACUUUGGCCUGGAUCUGCUAUCUGCAUCAUCGUCCUCUUAUUUACGGCUGGCCCAACUCAGAGAGCCGGCUAUAUCUCCGUCGGUCAGCUGAGGUUGGCUUGUUGUCGGACUGCCUGUUCACAGGGUUGAAGAAUUCCUUCAAGAAUCUUUGAUUUUUGUUGCUUCUUCCAGCAGAUUGUUUCUCUAAGAUAUAUCCUCUCCUUUCCAAGGCAAACUAUGUCUUUGUUGGUUCUGCUCGUCUUGAUCCAGAUAGUCUGUGCUGCUUAUGGACUUCUGGUCGUUUGGGCUUUGGAAUUGUUGGUCACUUUUUCCCGUGAGCGGUCAUUUGCAUCCUGUUCUUGCAGAUAGUGGUUUAUGUGAUCUGGAAUAUCUUAAUUUGGAUGUUAGCCAAGAUUUACUUGUUUAACGAGGACAUCUUUUGGAGGACGAUGGUGGUAGGCAAUAUACUUGUUCGAGCAGAAUAAUCAUUGUUGAUGAUCUAGUAGAGAUUGGACUAAAAUAAAGAAUGGGAUAGCUGUGCUACCUUCUCUUGUGCCAAUUGUCUCAAACUGUUGUGCAGGAGCCAUACUAGACUUUACGUAUUGUUGUUUGCAUUGCUUGAAGAUCUUAGAUUGGUGCACUGAUAAUUUCUCUGAAGAUUCAACUGUGUACUUGUUCUGGAGGUCUCAUUUCAGACGUUGAAACCAUCAAGGAUCGGAAUCCUGCAAGAAUUUUGGUGGCACAUCUUCAGUUGAUGAUUGUGGAUCUUGUCAGGGAACAUGCUGCAUGACAUAGGGCUUGAAAUUUCUGGAGCUAGAGAUCCUAACUUGAACUGGAUGACAGCUGCUAAGGGCAGGCAGUGGGCUGUCAGACGAGCUAGAACUUCAUUUGCUGAGGGAAGAAGGAAGAAGUCUGUGGUCAAAAGUUCCAAAGGGAGUGAGGUUACUAUGGAUAAGGACACCAGGAGAACAAAAGACAUCCCUGUUUCUGAUUCUGAGAAGGUCGGUGUAAGUAUUCUUGGCCAACACUUUAGUGAAUCCCUCGAAAUUGUUCCCAUAAAGAAAAGGAGAUUUCUGUUUGUUAGUUCUCCAUCAUCGCCACUGCAAUCUUCUUAUUCAGAUGAUUCCGAUCACCUGUUAGAGAGCCAACCUGCUUCAUACCAGGAGCCUUUAGCAUAUAACAAACAUCAUGAAAGGAGAUUUAUUGCUAGCAAAAGAACUAGUUUGAAUGAUGUAAUUGAAGAGGCCACUGAUGCUGCAGAUUUCUCUGGUAUUUCGAUAUUGGCCACUGCUGCCUGCAACAGUGAAGUGGUGGAUGACGCUAUACAUUCUGGAAGAUUAGUUUCAAAAGGAAAUUCUUCUAGAGAAGACCAUUUGGAAGACACUGAUGGUGAUGAAUCAUAUUCCUCAUGUAAAGAUUUGCAAGAAAACCAUAAUGUCUCUAUGGAAAAUUGUCUUACCUUCGUUCCUGCUGAAGAUGAUACGAAGUGUGAUGGUUUGCAGAAUCAAAAGAACUUCAUGGGGUCCCUGCAAAAUGUUUCAGAUAAAAUAAAGUCUUCCACUGGUUCAAGGCUUCACUGGGACCUUAACACUGAAAUGGAUGCAUGGAAUAACAAUUUUGAUGAUGUAAUUUCCGAGCCACUGGCCACUGACCUUGUAGCUGAAAAUGGUAACUCAAAUGAGAAGCUGGAAGGCUCAAAAUCUUGUGAAUGCCAGGUAGGGAAUGGAGAAAAAUCAUGCCCUACAGAACUUGGUGAAAGCUUAAUGGAGACAGCUGGCAUUGCAAGGGAUCACUGUGCUUUUGUAGCUGAUGAGAUAUUGGAAAAGCCUGAUUUAUGUAAUGGGCUUUCAGUUUCCAAUUAUGAGAAAGCAAAGCAUUGUCAUAGUUUGAUUGAAGCGGAGCAUGACUUGGAUGCUACUGCUGUUUCUUUGGUGAACUUUACUGAAGAAGCAAAGCUCAUAAACAACCAAGGGAACAACAUCUUCAUUAAUGAUAAAGCAAAGGGUGAUGCGAGUUCUCGGCUUGAGGGAGAAACUGAACCAAUGCUUUCUCAUUUGCCUUUUUGUGAGAAUGUUGUUGGUGACUGUAAUACCCAUGCAUGUAAAUUCGAUCCAAACAUGGCCCAAUCAAUCAGUAAACCUGUCAGAGAUGAAAAUGGAAGUGUUGAUGCAUCUAAUGCUGAUAACAGCUUUGAUGAUCAUUGCCCGGCUAAUGCAGGACAGUCUAUUCACAUAACCAGCACUCAGAUUGAGAAGCAUGGACUUCUGAAUAUUGUAGAAAAUGAUAAUCAGUCUCCUAUCCUUGCUGAGAAAGCUACUAGCUUAUUGUUUGAUGGAGAUAUAGGCAGGAAUUUGGUGGUAGCAUGUGGCACAUCUGGUGAAACUGUACAUUCUGAUGGCUUAGAUAUUACCAAUGGCAACUGUGCUGAUAAAUCUUCUGGAACACUGUGCAUGAGCCCUUCCCUGUCAAAUGCUCAUCAACACAAGAGCCCAGGGUCAUGUGAUCCUAACGAGCUGACUUCUGAGGCCACAUGUGCUGCUAAAUAUGAAGAGACGGCAACAAAAAUGAAGGUUGAUGAUAACAAUGGUUUUGGUGCCAAGGCCUCUGUUCCUGUUUCAGCUGUUGUAUCUAUGGCCGAAACUGAUGCCAGCUUGGUAGAUGGUGCUGUGGACACUCAAGAGGCAGAAAAACACAUGGAUAGCUCUGUAAAUUCGCAUUGUGACCAUAAAUCAGAUGCAUCUCAAGUUGAUAGUGUCCAAGUCACUGGACUGGAAAAAGACAACCUUCUGGGAGAUGAUGAUUCUCAAUUUGAGGAUGGUGAAUUGAGAGAAACUGUUCUGCAUGACUGGGGAGAUGGAAUUGAUGAAGGGGAAUCUGAACAUGUGGAUUAUGGAUCCGAGUCCGACAACAGAGAGAAUGAUACCUUUGAAGCAGAUUCUGCAUUACGUGCUUCUACUUCUUUCUCUUCUGAGGAUGUGGCAUGCAAAGAGAGCAAUAUGUCAGAUGCUGAUGGACCACCUACUGGCAAGGAUAGUCAGGUUGCUCUUUCUCAACCCCCAUCGAAGUGCUCAUCCAAAUCAGAUGGUUCAGAUGCAGUACAAGGGAAGAAAACCAUUGGGGUUAUUGGUGCAACAGAUCACGUAAAUCAUUUGACAUUAACAAGGAAAAGAAAGCAAAGAAAUGUUACUGAUGCAUUGGCAUCAGUUCCUGGUAGUGAUAAGCCAGUGAGAUACAAUGGAUGUCACAAUGAAGGUGAUAGCACAAGGGAACCUUCAACAUGUGAGAGAACAAAGUUGUCAGGAUGGGAUCGGUUGCCUGGAGGCCGUCGGCAUACCGGAGAUAGCUUUUUGGACCCUCGUAUUGGUUCUGUUAAACAAGAUGAGACUGCCAGUUCCUUAGAUGUGUUUGGUGAUGAUGAAUCAUCAGUAAGAUCUGGCUCCUCAUUCAGGGAAGGGUUAUCAUCUCAGGUUGAGAGGCCAAACUACUCAGAUGAGUCAUAUAGGAAGGACAAAUUUUAUCCCAGAUUAAGCAGGUCGAAGAAUCAUGAUAGUCUAGAUGCAAAAGCUGAAAAGAAUGCUGGUGCUUCUAAAUCAUCAGGGUGGGGUGGAUCAUUCCGGGAUACCCAAGGGAGGGGCAGGGAUAAACAUUGGUUUGAUCCUUCCAAUCGCCAUGGUAACAGGCAUCAUGAUUCACCAGGCUACUAUGACACACCCAGUUUUGCUCGACCUGCUUCAAGGAAUGCAGCUGCAGCUGCCAUUGCCAAGGUAGAGAGUAAUGGCUUUGUUGUUGCACCUGAUGGUACCUUAGUUAAGGCAGGUGGUGCUGGAACUUCUGGCUGUGUGAUCAGACAAUCUGCGAAUGCUUCUUUGCAAAGUGCACAUCCUUCUCUUUCCAGAUGGGGGUCACAGUCUGAGAGAGAUCUGGCAUGUGGUAUGCAGAGAAGACAUAAAAAUUCAAGGGAGAUGAGUCCUGAUAGGCACUUCAUUGUUAGUAGGGGCCAGGUUGAUAAACAUGCUAUUGAAAUGGUCAGGGAUCGGCAUUGCAGACGUCGGCCAGAUGACAUGAUAGAAUCGUCCACAGCAGCGGACCAUUUAUCAACAAGAGAUCGAAGUUUCUCACCAUGCAGAGGGCAUAUUCAUCUAUCUCAUUCACGCACCAGAUCUUCAAGAUCUAGAACCCGCUCCCCUCUUCGUUGGGCAUCGCCAAGGAGAAGAAAUGACAUUGGCAUGAAUGAUGUCCCUGUUUCUCGCAGACGCAGCAGGUCUCCGAUAGCUAGAAUGGAGAGGAUGAGGUCACCCCACCCACAACCUACUUUUGAGGAACGCAUGAUAACUUACGGUUCAGCAUCCAGGACCUUUGCUUCAUCGUUACAUGCUUCAAGAUGGAUUGAUGAAAGGAAGGAUUCAUCCAAUCAUCCAAAGGAACAUGAGUACAAGCGAUAUUCUGGAAGAAGCUCACCUGUGAAGGUGUUUAGAAAUCAUAGGUUGGAUUCCAUGGAUUCACAAGGAAGACCAAAGCCUGAUGAUUACUAUCAUCAUCUUCACUCUAGCAGCAACCCAGAAUUUGAUGGUUUUGGCAGGGGAUACAAGUCUGAGGAUAGUAAUAAUAGAAGACGGGGCGGCGGUAGUAAAUAUGAAGUGCUUCAUUCUAUGAGGCAGUACAACAUUGAUAAGAAUGAGAAGCGCUUCAGGUAAGAUGUGUUGAGGUUUGCAGGUUCAUGAUUCUGGGCACAGACCCGCAGGGUUUCAGCAUAGAGGGAGCCCAAGAGAACCUUGCAGAUGGAAACAAUUGGAGGGCAAAUGCUGAUACCAGUUUCGUGUCAUAUGGUAUCCAAAGGUUCAAAGACUGUAAAGCAUAUACAUACUUUGGUCUGCUGCUUUUGUGGGAUAACUAAAGAGACUGAACCCAUUAAUACUUCAUUUUUUUUUAGUGAAGCGGUGUCGAGGAAUGCUGUCUCAUAUUUAUACCUUGUAAAGAAGGUUGGUUACAUUUUAUGUUGAAAGUUAGAUUUUUGAGCGGGGGAUGCCCUCCCUUUUAUAAUCCCACUGCGACAUAACUGAUUACUGAAAUUUCAUUCUGUGCCCAUCGAUGGUUAGCCUGCAUUUUGAAUGUAGUGGCAAAUACCAAUUGAAGUUUUGAACC